ACGUACCAACAACAACAGCCUAUACGGUCCUGCUCUUUGUUAGUUUUUAGUUUACGAGCGACGUAAUCUGUUUGCUUGAUGACUGGCGUUGCGCCAAACGUGCCGUUAUUUUCCAUUCAUGCGAAAUCUUGGGGAAGAGCGAGCGGUGGUCGCCCUCCCCUCUGGCUCUGUUACAUAAAGUCCUUGUGAGAACACUUCCGCCAGAUGACACGCACUCUCGGAGAGCUCUGCCGUCACAUUUGAGGGUCAAUAUCGGCGCAAAGAGGUUUUUCCCCUGCAAACAGAAUGCAUUGGACUGGUUCGUGCAUAUUGAUGCACUCGGAGUGGGCCUCGCAUGUUGCUCACCAUGUUCGAAAUUAGAAAUUGCCUCAGGGGGGAGGAACUUUUAGUUUUCGUGCGGCAUCCACCGCGAUCAAGUGCCGAUCCAAGCAGUCAGAGAACACAGCCGAGAUUGCAAUGGCAGCCCCACUGCUGUGGCAGAACUUCAAGGCGCUCGUCACCCGAUACCCCAUAAUGCGUGGCAUGAUAUCAUACAGCCUGAUCUGGCCCACGGGCAGCCUUAUCCAGCAGACAGUGGAGGGCAGGAGUUGGGGUACCUAUGACUGGUGGCGUGUCUUGCGCUUUAGCAUGUAUGGCGGACUCUUCGUGGCUCCAACACUCUACGGAUGGGUCAAGGUCUCCAGCGCCAUGUGGCCGCAGACAUCUUUUAAAACUGGAGUGAUCAAAGCGGCGGUGGAGACGAUAUCCUAUACGCCCGGUGCUAUGACAUGCUUUUACUUUUUCAUGAGUCUCCUUGAGUCCAAGACGGUGGAGGAAGCUGUGACCGAGGUCGGCAUUAAGUUCCUACCUACAUACAAGGUGGCAUUGUCGGUUUGGCCCCUGGUGGCCACCAUAAACUUCACGCUAAUCCCGGAGCGGAAUCGUGUUCCGUUCAUCAGCGCCUGCAGCCUGUGCUGGACCUGCUUCCUGGCAUAUAUGAAGCAUCUGGAACACCACGAGGUGGACACAGCCAUUUAAUGUGCCUAGUAUUGUUUCUGUAAUAAUAUUUUUUGAAUAAAGUAGCCAUUUAAUGUAAGGA